AUGCGCGGUGCUGCCCGAUCGAAUCUGCUGCUUCGUGGAGGUGGAAGGCGGGCGGCAGUGCUGCGGCCUUCGUUGCCACAAGCCGCCCCCAUCCGCAUUGGCGGUCCGCAAUCAAACCACAUCUUCUCCUCAUCUGCCACUGCCUCGUCCCAGCGGCCAUUUCACGCUUCUACACGAGCCCUGUGGGCUAUCUCUUCCGCUGAGGGUGAGAAUGGGGACAACGCAUCGCCCACCGAAGAAGUCCAGACCGAAAGCGAUGCCGCCUUUGAGGAGAAGGAAAGGAGCGAGGCUUACGCUCGCUGGGUGGAAUCAGUACGAAGGGAAUUGAAGCACAUCGAAGAAAUGGUUCUCAAACGUGCUCCUGCUGCUGCGGAUUCAGAGGAGGGCAUAGAGAAGCUGGAGGAGAUCUUCCUGUCGAAUCCUCGCAUGCAGCUCACCGAGAGCCUGUUUCCCGACGAGGCUCGGCCCGCACCCUCUCGCAUCAUCACCUUCGACAAAGAGACGCGAAGGCCCACCCAGAUGCCCUACGUCAUGCUUGACCCCAAGUGGUACCAGGGCACCACCGACGAGGAGCGUUUGCAGCAAGUGCUCGCAUGGCGGCCGUUCACGGCGCGUGCGGUGGCGGCCGAGAAGGCCGACCACCAGUUCAGAGAGGAUCCCUUCCGCAACAAGAGCCACGCUUUCUCCGGUCGGGUGGUCAGCGAUGCCUUCAGGCGGCAGAGACUCGAUAAGUACCUGAACGAGGAGCUGGCCAACAAGCGCAAGGUGUACUCGAACGUCAAGGAGGAGGAGGAGGAGGACUCCAAUGUGACCUUGGAUGAGAUGAAGCAGGCCUUCAGAGCCAAUCUCGCCAUGGUCGAGAACAUCUCCGGCGAGGAGUCGACCGAGGAGAUCGUCGAGCCCGAGGUCACGAGGGACGACAAGUACAUCAAGCCCCCGGGCUUCGUCUCCGCCACUGACAUGCUCAAGUUUAGCGAGGAGAAGAUGCAAUCCGACCUCGACAAGCUCAUGAAGAAGGCCAAGAAGUGCGUCUUCUGCAGGCCCUCGGCCCAGCGCCCCGUGCUGGACCCGAUGAACGUGUCGCUGCUCACCAUGUUCCUGACGCCCACGGGCGACAUCAUCGGGCGGAGGCACAACGGCAACUGCCGCCGGCACCAGCGAAAACUCGCGACCACCAUCAAGCGGGCCAAGCACAUGGGCAUCUUCUCGUACAAGUACGGCGGGUUCACGAUCUACUCGCCCUUCCACGAGCCGCCCGAGACCUACGCCGAGGACGAUGGCGAAGGAGACGAGGAGCAGUACGGCGAAUCCGACGAAGAAGGCGACUAUUCCGAUUAUGACGACGAUGAAGACGAGGGUCAGCAGAACUUGCAUUAG